AUGGUCUCCCAACAGGUCUCUAAUUGGCUUUUCAAUGUAAUUCAACCACUGUAUGAACAUAAGAAAGAAGUGUAUGCUCAUGUUUUCCAAUUUUUACAACUACAUUUGAAGAAAAAUCUUAAUUUUAAAAUUAGAACGCAAAUCUACACCUCGAGUGGGUCAGGAGAGCCUAAUCUAUUGAUAAACUUGUUUGGCACAAUUCAGAUCAAUGAACAAAUUGGCACACCAAUUGAAAUCUGGGUACCUUUUGCAUAUCCUUAUGUUGAUUAUGAGAACAAAGGUGCACCUAUAGUUUAUAUUGUUCCUGACCACAGUAAAGGUUGGUACUUAAAACCAAAUAAUAAUGUUGAUACACAAGGGAUGUUUUACCACCCCUAUUUGACAAGGUGGCACAGAGAAUGCUUGCGAUCGAAUCCAGAUUCUCUAAACAUGUUCAGUUUGGUAGAAUUGGCAAAUGUGAUUUACCGAAGCGUUACUACGGAUUCCCCAAUAGCCUCCAAGCCUCCAGGCAUUACUAAUACUCCCCAGAAGCCCGCAAAAGUGCCACUUGAUUUUAAUAGCAUUUCAACAGAACAGCCAUUGAAUUUGCAUCAAUUGAAUACAGAGCAACCGGCAGUAAUACCCGUACAGACCACUGGUCCUCCAUUACCUGCAAAACCCCCAAAAGCACAGAAUGAUAUUCAUAGUUCCACACCAUUGAAGUAUCAAGCGCCGUUGCCAUUGCCACAUGAAGCUGAGAAAUUUAAUUAUCCGCAAGAAAGAACGUCAUCUCCAUUGCCUCCAUUAGGAUUCAUAAAUCAACAGCCUAGUCGUUCCCCUGCAAUUGCUUCUGCCGUUCCCCAUACCAUGACACCGCCACAGCCAUCACCACCAGUUGAUUUAAUUGAUGGUGAAAAUCCAUUGUCUGAAACCAAUACUGGUGUCACUAACUUGACGCAUGAACUAUAUUCUAAAAUUAAUCAUUUCUUAAGUGAAGAAGAGAAAACCAUCAAAGAUGUGAACGAGAAAACCAUGAAAAUUAAAGUAUUAUACGAGCAGUUGAAUCAUUAUUACAGUCUGGCCCUUAAAAACUCAAGUUUUUUGGAUGAUAUUGUAAGUCAGCUUACAUCUAAAGUGAGAGAUUUAACACAAUUAAACCAAGAGUUGGGUGUGGUUAAUGAGCUUAAUCAUCAGUCACAAGACAGUAUCGCCAUUAGCUCUACUAAAAAGAUUCCCUUGGAUGAGAUUGUUAUUGCUGAUCUGCCAAUGAUUGAUACCCUAUACAAGGUUAGUGCCGAAAUUAAUAGCAUUACAGAUACUAUAAAUUUGAUAUCUGGAAAUUUCCAUAACGAACAAGAGAUUGUUAACGAGAAAAGCUUCGACUCUUGUCUUAAAACAACACGGAAAAUGGGUAGAGAACUUUUUUGGCUUCAUUUUAUAAAGUCUGAAAUAGGAAACAAGCUUCAGUAA